AUGAGCGAUACUCCAGUGGAUUGUGCAGAUGUCUAUCGCAUGGAUUUCACAUAUUCUUUUAUGGCUGGAAUUGAUCCACUUCGUCCACCUGUUUCUAUUGAAAUUCCAACGAAAGAUCUUGAUGCCAUGGGAGGUAUGGAACGUCAAUAUUGGGAAAUUAAAUCCAAGUACUUUGAUGUACUUAUACUCUUUAAAAAGGGUAAAUUCUAUGAAUUGUAUGAUAUGGACGCUGCCAUUGCCCAUCGUGAGUUUGGAUUAAAACUCGUAUUUGAUAGCAGUAACAGAGGUAAAAUGCGUCUUGCCGGUAUUCCUGAACAGAGUUUCAGUGAUUGGGCCCGUCUUUUCGUAUUUCGUGGAUAUAAAGUAGGUCGUGUAGAGCAAAUGAAGGAAGAGGAAAAUUCUCCUCUUAAUAUGAAUAAGAGUGCUCGUCCAAAGGUUGUGCCUCGUCAGUUAGUAGAGGUAUUAACACCUGGUACAUUAACAGAUCCAGUUAUGUUAAGUGGAUAUGGUACUGUAUUUAUUUUAUCCCUUUAUCCUAUGCAAAAUAAUAGGGUAGAUGGAGUCGCAGUGGAUCUCUCACGUCGAGUGGCUUAUCACUGUCCAUGUAUUUCAGAAGAGAAGAGUAUGAAACGUGAAGAAGAUGUAUUAUUAAUGAUUUCCGCACUUUUACAACAAUUACGUCCUCGAGAAAUUAUAUUUCCACGAAAUCUUGUAAAUACUACAGUAAAUACAAAUAAUAAUAAUAAUAAUAAUAAUAAUAAUAAUAAUAAUAAUAAUAGUGAUACUACAUUUGGUAAGAGAUUGGUAGAUUGGAUGGAAGGAGAAGGUUACCGGGUAGAGUUAGUAGAUGUACCUAAAGAAUAUAUUUCUCAAAAUUAUUCUACGGAAACAAAUUCUACAUCUGCUGCUCAAUUUUUGGCGUAUUAUUUCAAAUUGCUAAAACUUCAAAAUGCAGAAUCUAUACUUUCAGAGGCAGAAUCCUAUACAUUUCACCUUUCUCAUCAACAAUCCGUAUUAUCUACUACUACUACUACUACUACUACUACUACUACUACUAUUUCUAAUAAACCUUGCAAUAUUCCUAAUUCAUCUUCUUCAUUGCUUUGGUUUGAACGUCGAGAAGACCGUGGGCUUAUUCUUGAUGCUACAACGGUGAGCAAUCUCGAAGUUAUCAGUAAUUUGCGAGAUGGUGGUGAACGUGGAUCUUUAAAUCAUCUUCUUAAUAGAUGUUGCACGAAUGGUGGAAGACGUCUUUUUCGAUCAUGGAUUCUUCGUCCUUCUGCAUCUUCACGCGUUAUUUUAGCCCGACAAGAGGCUAUUCGAUUUAUUAUUGAUCAUAGAUUAAAUGAGACAUGGAUUGAAGGGGAAGAAUUGGAAGAAGGAGGAGCAGUUUCAGCAGGAAGUGGAGUAACAACAACAACAACAAUAACAACUACAACUACACCUCCACCAGCAGCAGGAGAAACAGCAUUAUCUCCUUCCAUAUUAUCUACAAAUGCAGCCAAUUGUAGAGAUGAGGAAUCCCCAUGUGGUGUAAAACGAGAAAGAUCAUCCAAUAAUACAUUUGAAGUACGUUUUGGUAGUCUUGUUGGUGUAGACUUUGAACGUAAUCUUUCUCGUUUAGUGGAUAUCAAAAAUAAUGAUAAUGCACAGGUAGCAUUUGUAGAUCCCCUUUUACAGUAUAAAAAACAUCUCAAUCUUAUUUUAACCACUGUUCAAGCUUUUUCAGAGAUGGUAGAUUGGUCUCAUUGUAUUCAAAAGAUGGCACCAACAUCUUUAGUACCACCUUUAUUAAAGGAACUUUGGGCAGAAAUAGAUGCUGCAGCACCUGCUGUUUCUUGUAUUGAAAAACAUUUUGAUCUUCAGGAUGCACUUCAAUCUGGUGUGAUUGUUCCAUCACGUGGGAGUUCUUCUACAUAUGAUAUGGCAUCUGAUCGUUUAGACUCUAUUAAAAAACAACUUGAGGAAGAACUUUAUCGUAUACAAAAAGAAUAUUUUGGUGGUGCUAAUAUUAAUUAUUGUGAUAUUGGUCAUGAUCGGUUUCUUAUUGAGGUACCACUUCGAGAUGUACCAAAGAUUACCCCAAAUGGAUUUCAUGAACGUUCUAGAACGGCUAAAACGGUAAGGUUUGUUGUACAAUCUCUUGAAUCUCUUAUAGAAGAACAUAAAAAGGCAAAAACUGAAAAAUCAAAUGCGCUUCUUAAUGUUUUGUGUAGUGUAGCAUCCCAUAUUUGUAAUUACUUCCCUAUAUUACAUGGUGCUACCAUGGCACUUUCUUACUUUGAUUGUCUUUUGAGUUUAGCAUCAUUACAACGUCGUGCACUUACAACUUCUUGGCCUAAAGUAACAGAUGAUAUGAAUGGAUCAUAUGUAGUGGCUGAACAACUCACACAUCCUUUUCUUAAUACCAACUCUGUACCAAAUACAGUUCAUCUGGAUGCAACUCAUGGACGUAUUUUACUCUUAACAGGACCUAAUAUGGCAGGUAAAAGUACCUUAAUGCGUACAAUAGCUGUAAAUGUGAUGAUAGCCCAAAUGGGUGGUCCUAUAUUUGGUGAAAAUAUGUCUUUUGUACCUAUAACUCGUAUAUUUACUCGAAUUGGUGCUCGUGAUGCUUCUCAUAAAGGACAGAGUACUUUAUAUGUAGAGUUAAGUGAAACUGCUGAUAUAUUAAGAUAUGCAGAUCCAUGGAGUCUUUGUUUAGUGGAUGAACUAGGACGGGGAACAUCCACACAUGAUGGAUAUGCUAUUGCCUACGCCACACUUACUUCGCUGAAAAAACGACAACCAGCUUCACCACUUGUGCUUUUCUCUACACAUUAUCAUGGUUUAGCAAAAGAACAAAUGGAAAGUAAAACCAGUGAAAAGGUAUCCACAUCAUCAUUAUUAGUGUCUAAAAAUGAACUCGUACAAUUGGGAUACAUGGAUUUUGCUUUAGCUAACACUGAAGAUGAUGGGGUUCCAGCGAUUACAUUCCUAUACCGUCUCGUUCCAGGUAUAUGCACUCGCAGUUAUGGUGUUGAAGUGGCUUUACUGGCUGGAAUUCCCCCUGCCCUUGUGAAUAUGGCUAGUUCGAAAUCACUUGAGCUUGCAAAACUGAAUGAUCGACAUAAAGAGCUUGAUAUUAUUCGAGGGUUUAUUACACAAGAUGAAAAUCGUGUAAAAAUAAAACAAGAAAUACAAUAG